AUGGUUGAGAAUAAAAUAAUCAAAGCGGCAAUUCUUAUUGGUGGCCCUGCAAAGGGCACGAGGUUUCGUCCUCUUUCACUAGAGCUGCCGAAACCACUGUUUCCCAUUGCUGGGUAUCCUAUGGUCUAUCAUCAUAUUGAAGAAUUUUCCAAAGUCCCAUAUAUGAAAGAGAUUAUACUUAUUGGUUUCUAUCAACCAAACGAGACUCUCACUCGUCUCAUAAAUGAUGCAGAAAAAGAAUUUGGCGUAAAUAUUCGUUAUCUGCAAGAAUUUACCUCUCUUGGAACUGCCGGUGGAAUUUUCCAAUUUCGAGAUCAGAUUAGUGCUGGAGGUUUGGAUUUGCUUUUUGUAAUGAAUGCUGAUGUUUGCUGUGACGCUCCACUUCAAGAAAUGGUUGAAUUUCAUUCAACUCUUGGUUCAGGAGAUAAAUUUGUCAUUCUUUCCACCGAAGCUACUCGUGAACAAUCUAUGGAAUUCGGAUGUAUUGUUAAGAAUCCUGAAACCAAUGAGAUUACUCACUAUGUUGAAAAACCGGACACUUUUGUCAGCGUUUGUAUAAAUUGUGGAAUCUAUUUGUUCACUCCUAGCAUUUUCAAGUUUAUUCGUAUGGCUUUUCUUGAACACCAAAAUCAGCAACAGACUAAGAUUCGAGGGACUUGCAAGGAGGCGAUUCAAUUGGAGACCGAGAUCUUUCAGCCUCUUGCCUCUAGUGGAACUCUCUAUGCUUAUCAUACUGAGCGCUUCUGGAGUCAGCUCAAGCAUCCUGGGCAAGUAGCUGUGAUAUAUGCGAACAGACAAAUGUUAAGCCUAUACCAUCGUACGCAUCCUCAUCGCUUGGCGACACAAGUCGAUUCAACAAACGGCAUUUCUAACCCAGCAUCUCCUGAGGCUGGAUCAGGUGACGGUCAAGCACAAACCAGAACACAGGCUCGCAUUAUUGGUGACGUAUUUCUCCACCCCACAGCUCAGGUUGAUCCGAGUGCUGUUUUAGGUCCCAACGUGAGUGUCGGCGCGGGAGUGAUUAUCGGUGCUGGAGUACGUCUGCGAAACAUCAUUGUGCUGAAGAAUGCAGAGAUCUGCGACCAUGCUGUCUGCAUCAAUGCUGUGAUAGGUUGGGGGGCCGUCGUUGGUUCAUGGGCUCGUGUUGAGGGCACUGCUCCCUAUGGCCCGAAUCCGAACACUCCCUUCACUAAGCUCGAGGUUGUUCCCGUUUUUAAUGCCAAGGGACAGCUUAAUCCCUCCAUUACUGUCAUUGGAUCCAACGUACAAGUUCCCCCUGAAGUAAUUGUACUCAAUUCUAUUGUACUACCACACAAGGAGUUGACCCGAAGUGUCAAAAAUCAAAUUAUUCUCUAG